ACCUCAGGAAAGCUUAGCAAAAUCGAGCAGGGUAACAGAGCAACAGAAGACAGCAAGGAGCGGCGAGGGGAUGAGUGAAUUAAAAUUCGCCUAGCUACAUCGACUGUAGUUUUAGGAAAGUGCCACCCUCCCUUAAAUAUUUCCCAUUGUAUAAUCAACAAACGUUAUAUUUAAAACAUAUCUUGCUAGUAAAAUCCUAAAAUAGCGAGGAUGUUGGUCCCCGCGGGAAGAUAAUGAAGCGGUUGCGCGUUUUGUUCGUGUGCCUCAUUGUAGCUGUCCUUUGCUGGUACCCCAGAAGUCAUGUGUGUUGUUCAGAGCACAACUCGUCAGGUCCGGGUGUGUCUAGUGGAGACAGCAGCCCCCCAGAGCAUCUUCACGACCAUGAGCAUGCGCAGUACCACAGGACGGACCUCAAGAUGGAGUCGCCGAGGACACACACACACUCCUCCUACGACGUGGGACUGGAGACCGAGAGGGCUGCACUAGAGGAGCACAACACUGAACAGACUGUGAAUCAGGAGGAGCCUGUAGUGGUAGAGGUCUGGUCAGCCCCAGAACCACACGCUGAUCCUGAACCCCCCACUGCUGCUGCUGAGCCACGCACACAAAUGACACAGCCUCACACACACACACACCCAGAGCCCGAUACACAACUCCCUCCUCUCCAGGACCAGGCAACUCCACCCUCCUCCACCCCAUCGCCCAGCGAUGACCUAGUCCAGGACCAAGCCUCCACAGACCCCCCAGCCCCGGCCGAGACCCGCAGCGAUGCCCUGGCAGAACCCAGCCCAGCCCCGGCCACAGAAGACCCCCAACACACACCUACCUCUACCUCUCACACCCCUGCUCCAGCCCCAGCCAGUGGUGAUGCUGACCUAGUGGAGAGCCAGUCAGAGCAGGAUCAAAUUCAGGCUGGUUCUGAUGCUGAUGUCCAAGCAUCUGUCAGCCCAGAGGACCCAGACCAGGACCAAGGUCUACCAGAGCUGGACCUGGGGGGGAACACCUCCCACAGGCACCAAGACACCGACCAAGACCAGCAGGCAGUGGAUCAGGCAGUGGAUGCCAGUGAUGCCAGCACUAUUGAGAUGGACCCCUCAGUGCCCAGUAAGGAGGACAUCCCAACCUUCGACGAGUGGAAGAAACAAGUCAUGGAGGUGGAGAAAGAGAAGACUCUGUCCCUCCAUACCUCUUCAAGUGGAAGCCCCCCUGUGAAGAAGGUACAGAAGAACUUUAAAAACAACUAUGCUUCUGUGGAGUGUGGCGCUAAGAUACUGUCAGCUAACACAGAGGCCAAGAGUACAUCUGCUAUCCUCAUGGAGAAUAUGGACCUGUACAUGCUGAACCCCUGCAGCAUCAAGAUCUGGUUUGUGAUAGAGCUGUGUGAGCCCAUCCAGGUGAAACAGUUGGACAUCGCUAACUUUGAACUCUUCUCCUCCACACCUAAAGACUUCCUGGUCUCCAUCAGCGACAGGUAUCCCACCAACAAGUGGUUGAAGUUGGGAACGUUCCACGCCCGUGACGAGCGCACCGUUCAGAGCUUCCCAUUGGAUGAACAGCUCUACGCCAAAUACAUUAAGAUGUUCAUCAAGUACAUAAAGGUGGAGCUCAUCUCCCACUUUGGAUCAGAACACUUCUGUCCCCUCAGCCUCAUCAGGGUGUUUGGUACCAGUAUGGUGGAGGAAUAUGAAGAGAUUGCAGAUUCUCAGUACCCCUCAGAGAGGCUGGAGUACCUUGAUGAGGAUUAUGACUACCCUCCUGGGUACCUCCACUCUGAGGACAAGGGGUCCAAAAAUCUGCUGGGCUCUGCCACAAAUGCCAUUCUCAACAUGGUCAACAACAUAGCAGCCAAUGUUCUGGGAGGCAAGCCUGAGGGGGGAGCACAGAUAGAAGCCAACGCAUCAUCAGAAGCCCAGAACGAGACUGAGGGAAACAAAGAUGUGCAGCUCACCCCAGCUCCAACCCCCACCACUCCUCCAGCUGUGGAGACGGUGGAGCCAGACGACCCUGGUCCCCAGGAGGACCCUGACUCCCCUGCUUCCCCCUCCCCGGAGAAUGGACAGAUCGUGACUCUGAUGGAGGAGGAGCCCCCACAGUCAACUGUGACUCUGAUGGAGGAAGAGGGGGAUGAUGAUGAGCAGGAGGAGAGAGAGGAACAGUGGAUGAGGGAGAGGGAUAGCCAGCUGUACUGUCCACUCUCUUCUGUCUCUUCUCUUUCUUGUGUGGCCACACUGCCAGAGUUGCUACAGCGCUGGUGUGACGCUCACCUCACCAGAGAGAGGCAGCAAGACACACACACCCCUAUACAGGUCCCUGUCCCUACCCCCACACACACACAGGAAGCCCCAACACACACAGAGACUGUUCCUGAGCCUGAGAAUGCCCCCCAAGCCCAAAAUGAGGGCCUACCCCCUUUAGACUCUCAAAAUCAUACCCUUCACAUCGACACACCCCCCGUGGACCCUAUCAUUUUGCUGGAGCCUAGCCGGACCUUAACCCUGCCCCCCCACAGCUUCUCUCAAACCUCCCUCUGCAAACCCACCCCUACCCAGGACGAAGCUCCCCAGCACCCCAGCCAAGAAGACCCUGUCCCCCCUCCAGCACUGCAGGGAGCCCCCGUCCCGGAGACUCAACAGGCUAGCACCCCCACCCCUACUCCCCUACACCUACCAACCUCUGAGACAGCCUCCCUGGACAUCCCUCCCCCCCCCUUGAAGGAGCAACCAGUCCAGCCCCUUCCCACAGCCUCUAGACUUGCAGACCUCCCCCCUCCCACUGACCUCCCUGUCCCCCCUCAGCCUGACACAAACACAGAGCCACACACACCCAGGGCUGGGGCAGAGAGUGGAGACAUCCAGGGUCAGGGGGAGCAGGGAGAUGCCUCUGCCCAGCCAGCAGAACUCCUGCAUGGGGAAGAAUCCGUGGAAGACCUACUGCUUAGCGUCCCGGUGACCGCUAACGGACAUUUACACCGGACGGCUACAGACUUCUACGCUGAGCUGCAGAGCGGGGAAUACAUUGGAGGGAAUGGGAAUGGAGGGGUGAACGGAGGAGUGAACGUGUAUGGCUCCAGUCAGAAGGAGAGUGUGUUCAUGAGAUUGAACAACAGGAUCAAAGCCCUGGAGAUGAACAUGUCCCUCAGCAGCAGAUACCUGGAGGAACUCAGCCAGAGGUAUCGUAAGCAGAUGGAGGAGAUGCAGAGAGCAUUCAACAAGACCAUAGUCAAACUGGAGAAUACCUCCCGCAUCGCUGAAGAACAGGACCAGCGGCAGACAGAGUCUAUCCAAAUGUUACAGGGCCAGCUGGAAAACGUCACCAAGCUGAUGAUCAACCUCACCAUGACUGUCUCACAGCUACAGAGAGAGGUGUCAGACCGACAGAGUUACCUGGUGGUGUCUCUAGUCCUGUGUCUCUGUCUGGGCCUGGUGCUCUGCCUGCAGUGCUGCUGGAGUGCCAACACACACACCGUCACACACACUGCAGGCAACCACUACCCCAGCCCCAAGAGGUGUUUCUCCUCCUAUGAUGAUUUGAGUCUGAAGCGGAGGGUAUCGUGUCCUCUCCUACGCUCCAAGUCCUUCACCUUUCCUACUUCAGAAGUAGGCCCUGACGACCUUUACAUUGUUGAACCUUUAAGGUUCUCACCAGAGAAAAAGAAGAAACGAUGUAAACUGAAGGCAGCAUUAUCAGCACCCUCUUCUCCGAUGGCUAACGGGGGACUCAAAUGCAAUGGUCUCCCCCACUCCCUGAAUCCCCCUCCUCCUCUAGAAGACAUGUCCUGUAAGGAGCUCCCCUUCCCAUCAGAGAGUAGCAGCUGUAGCUCCUCCAGCCACUCUGAAGAGUCCUACAUCAGCCGAGGCCAUCCCCUCUCCUCCCCCCCAGGCCUGUGUAAUGGCCACGCUGCCGUGCUCCUCCCGUCCAACCUUCCCUCCCUCCCCCUCUCUCUUCCCUCUAAGAGGUCAGUGAAGCGUCGGCGGUCUCGUCAGGGAGAUCUGCAGUUCUCCUCCAGACAGACAGGAGGCGCUGCUGUGAACGCUCUGCACAGCCUGCAGCAGCUGAUCAAGGGAAACAAGGAGAUCAGUGUGGGGACCAUAAGAGCUACGGCAGUCACAGGACACUUCUGAUCAUACACACUUCCGACUGACUCAUAUACACACCCUGGUAGCAGACUUGGUUAGGGAUGUGUGAAAGGGUGUGGUCUUGCCCCAAAAUGGCCACAUCUCUGAACCACAUCUCCCAUGAGCACCCUGCCCACAGUGGAACUCGGACACCAUGAUAUUAGUCACCUAGCAACAACCAUUCAGAGACCUCUCCACGGUCAUGUGCCUUUCUGUCCACUCUAAAGCUUUCACUGAUAUAAAAAACACUGAAAGGUUUGUUCUUUUUAUGUUCGGAGCGAGACUAAUGGUGGGGAGUGUUACUAGAAAAGACAUUCAUUCAGCUGUUUCUACUGGACAAGCACAUCAGACCUGAGUCAGAGGGGCUGAGUGGAGCUCUUACCCGGUACCUUGUGAAAGUACAGUAUAAAGCUGUAAGGAUGAAAUGUGUCGCUGUGAGAGAACUGUGCAGCAGGAUUAGCUUCUUCUCCCUCUUUCCUCCUGUCCUCCAUUUCCACAUUCUGUUUAUUUUCUGUGCAUUGUUCAGUGCUCGCUAACACUACUGCAGUUGUUCGUAUGGGACCAGGGUGUUAACCCUUCACACACAACAGGCCCUCUGUCUCCCUUUCUCAGGCAGUCUAACCUAACACCACGCAACUAGCAGAGCUGAAUGAAGAUACCCAAUGUGUGCGUGAGCAUGCAAGCCUUCCUGUCUCUAGCCCAUGUUUAUCCAGCUCUGAUACAAAGGAACAGGCUCUAUACCUCUUGAACUCGUUAACCUAGCUAUUCUCCAGUCAGACUUCCUGUGUGUGUUCGUUCGUUCACACAGAGAGCCAGCCAAGAGGAAAGGGAUCUUGUACUGUAUAGACUGGUUGUUUUUGCACAUUGUGACAGGUCAACAGAACCCAGUCAGUUAGGUUUUUAUAUUGAGCUGUAUAUGAGCCAUGCUGAGAGCUGAAUGUUGUGUGUUAUUAUAGUUGUUGUUAGGAACAGUUUAGUCUGAAGAUGUCAGUGUGUUCGAGCACACAAACACCCGCUGUUGGUAGAAGUUGCCUCUAGGAUCUGCUUUCCUUCCCCCAAUUCCUAAUAUUAACCAUUCAUAUCAACAGUGCCAUGCAACACUGACCUUUCGAUCAGUGACACAGGGUAAUGUCAGUCUUGCGAGCAGAUCCCCUGAGGUCCUGUAGGGGAUGCUGUGAGGCCACUUUUAUUUAUCUAGUUAUUUAUGUUCUGGCCUCAAAACAACCCUAUCAUGUAGCCCAGGGGAAACGCAUGGUACAUGUUACAUAGAAUAAUAAUGAUUGCAAUUAAAACAAAGGUAGAUGCAUUUUACUGUUGCAUACUGUAUGUUGUCACUGGCUGCCCGACACUAGUUCACCUCUUGUGACCAAUAUUUGUUUUUUCAAAGCUAUACGGACAACAAGGUAUCAUCCACCUUUUGUCUCUGUAAAAGUGGUUUGAUCAUCUGGUGUUUGCAGAGUUGCCUCCACUGUCACACCUGCACACACACCAUUGUGUUAAUUAGAACCCUACCAGGGAACAGAGGGCUGUAACAGUCCCAAUAACUGCUGGGGUCGUAUACGAACCAGCUUCACCUCACGAGUUACUGUUAUGGGAAGAUGAAGUUAAAACAAAUGUUUAAAGUCAAUUUGUUUGUCUGUCUCUAGAUGUCUGUGCAAGGAUGUGAUUGGAAUGGCAAAAGUCAAUUUGAAUAAGUUGCGGAUGUGAAAAAUCAUCUGUGUACUAUAUAUCUGUGCCGGUGGUUAGAUGGCCUCUGAGUUAUGUUGGGUUGGUUGUUGACUGACUGAGAAAGAGACUGGGCCCACUGUAUUCUACAAACUACACACACCACACUCCCUCUACAGUAAACCUCCAUUACCUCGACAGACCAACCACCAGGUCCCCUACUCCACACACUGACCUCUGACCCCUACACAGUUCAAGGUUCAGAAAGUGUGAAGAGCUCUCUUUUUGUGCAUCUGUUUUAAUUGAACCACUUCUGUUCCCAUUACCAAGAACAGCACCUUUAACUGGCCACCUCUGCUAUCCUUACUAGCUUGUCAUUCAUUCAUGUGUUAUUACUGUGCAUUUACCCCACCUUGAAUAAGGUAGUGGUUUUCAGAGGAGUCUGAAUGAACUUGUGAACUUAAUAAAGGGAAUGUUGGGAAAGGGUUUGGAACACACUGUUUUAUCUGAUUACAAGUGUUCCACACCCAGUGAAUCAUGACCGACUUUGUUUUUCUACCCUUUUUGAAUGUGUAUGAUAUUAUGUGUAUGCAUGCAAGAGUGUUUCUUUGUUCUCUUGAUGAGUAUUUGUGAGAGACUCAGCGAAGCCCUAAUUUAACACACUGACUAGAGAUUGGUACUCAUGACCCCCAGGUCUCAGUGUGCACUUUGUUAUUAUUACUACCUACAUGCCUUUUGUUUUUCUACACUAAACGCUGUCUGUCAACUGCUUUGCUUCUCUCUUUCUGAGUAUUCUGGGAAAGAGCUGCACAGUAUUGUGGAACAGGAGCGACAGUAACUACAAAGAUGUAGUACCAUUAGAAACUGUGAAUUUCUAAAUAAAACAUUUUGUCUUUCACUCGA